AUGUACUCAAAAACUAACGAAGAAUUUGCCACAAUAGUUCUUGAGGACCCUUCGCCAUCUCCAAGCUCUCUACGGAUGGAACUUAAUGACUUAUUGACCUUAGCAAAUGAAUUAUUAAAAAAACUCCCAAAACUCCCUUAUGAACUUACUUUAUCAUUAGAGGAGAUUCUUUCUCCACGUGAACAAAAGAAAAAUACACUAAAACCACCGAGACCACAAAAUAAAUUCAUUUUGUUUCGAAAGGAAUACAUUGCAUACAUGAAGGAACAGGAUCCCGUUCGAAUAAAAUCAAUGAAUGCACAUGAAAUUUCGAAGAAGGCAAGCCGACGCUGGAAAACACUACCAAUUCAAGUCAAACAGCUGUUUACGAUUUUAGCGAAAAUCGCAGCUAAAAGACAUAAAUUGAUGUAUCCAGAGUAUGUUUAUGAACCCAAAAAAAAGGAAGGUAAACAACCUUCUUGCGAGGAGCAAACUUCUGAAGACCAAACGGCUUUUGAAGAACCAACAGCAUUUGAAAAACCAACGGCUUUUGAAGAACCAACAGCAUUCGAAGAACAAAUGGCUUUUGAAGAACAAACGACUUUUGGAGAACAAACUGCUUUUGAGGAAAGUAUUUCUUCAAAUUCGAAUCAU